AUGCCGCCUUCUAAGUGGGACGAAGAAGAAGAAGAGAGCUCUGCGCCUCCUGUUGUUAUUGCUGCGCCUCGCCGCCGCUUCGAUGAUGAAGAGGACGAAGAUGUCCUUGACUCAUGGGAUGCCGCCGAAGAUUCCGAGGUAGAGCGCGAGAAGGCCAAGAAAGCCGCCGAAGCCGAAGCUAAGGCCAAGGCCACCGCCGCCGCCAACAAGAAGACCAAAGCCGAGCGGAUAGAGGAACUCCGGCAGCAGCGCCUCCGUGAGGAGGCCGGGGAUGAGCUCGAGAGCGAGGACGAAUCAGACCGCCGCGCUCGUCUGCGCAAGACCGAGCAGGAAGCCGAUCUUGCCCACGCCGAGGAUCUUUUCGGCUCUGUUGAUCUUAAGCGCAACAAGGGCGCCCCCAAGGCUGUUGUUGUCAGCGACUCAAACGACCCUACCAAGUCUGUCGACCUGUCUGCCAUGCCUUUGUUCAACCCCGUCACUAAGGACCAGUUCACCCGUCUGACCGAGACCCUUCUUCCGCUCCUCACCCCGCACACCAAGAAGCCCCAUUACUCUCUCUGGGCGCAGGACUUCGCCCGUAAGCUCGUGAAGGAGCUGCCUAGUGCUGAGAUCAAGAAGAUUGCCAGUGCUCUCACUACUGCCUCCAACGAGAAGAUGCGUGAGGAGCGUGCAAAUGACAAGGGCAACAAGAAGUCCAAGGCGGCGAAGACCAAGAUCUCGCUGAAUGCCAGCCGCGACAUUCAGCGUGAUAGCACCGUCUACGACGGUGGUGAUGAUCUUGGGGAUGAUGACUUUAUGUGA